AUGGCAGCAGCCUUCCUCCUGGACCUCCGCGCCUUGAGCGCUUCGCCGGCCUGGCUCUUCGCGGGCGAGUUCGAGCGUGUGGAUGUGGAGAGGGUCCGGGUUGAGGUGGUCCUCAGGGAGAUUCUGCCCAGUGAGGCCUUGGACCUUUGCCAGCAGACCUUCGGCUGCGAAGCCUCCGCCGUGCGCGUCACGCUGCGGCGGCCCGCGAACCAGCCGCUGAAUUGCGGCGCCUGUGCGCCCGCCGAGGUGGAGCUGGAGCUGGAGCUGGCCGAUUCCCGCGCGCGCCGGCUGAGCCAACGGAGAAUGCGCUGCAAACAAGGCUGCCUGCCAGACGCUGUGGAGCUGGCGCUGCCCUGGCUGGGUGUGGGUCAGCGCUGCGAGCUGAGCGGGCGCUUGGACCUGGAGCGCCUGGCCGCGCCCGAAGAGGCAGCGUGCCUCCGCGUGUUGCUACUGGCAAGAGGCGAGCCGGUGCCAUUGGAAGAGGUGGAGCAGCAAGCCAAGGUGCUGUUCAAGGCCAAGCGCUUUCUGCCUGCGUUGCUGCUGCUGACGGCCGCAGACCAUCCACAUGCUUCGCAGGCCUGGCUGCGGCGCCGCUGCCACUGCGAGCUGCGCCUGGGGCUGGCGGCCGCGGCCGCGAGCAGCGCGCGCCUCGUGGCGCGGAGCCAGCGGAAGCUGUGUGUCGUGGCAGAACCUGUGCGGUCGGACCGCGGGAGGAAGGACAUUGAGCGGGCAGCCCAAGUGGAUGCGACAUGUCGGCAUCAGAAGCUGCUUUCGCGUGCACAGUGGCAGCUGAAGCGACAGCAGAGGGCUCGUCGCUGGUUCGACGGCAACGAGGCGUUCGAGCGCUCCCGCGAGGCAAACAGCAGCCAGCGCUGCUUCCAGUGCCAACGCCUCCGGGCAGGACACAUGGGCAGCGGCAAGAUGGAGGGGCGGUACCUUUGCACUGAGUGCUGGGAAUGCUGGUCCAAGAUUCGGCGAUGCCAGCAGGUGCUCCUGUCUGACAUGUUUUUUUGUGUUUUUUUUCCCUCGCCGAUCUGUUUUACGUUGAUGGUGUUUACAUUGUUACUCAGUUGCCACAUUGCUUUCACAAUGCUGAAGCACCAAUUAAAUGCUGGGCUGACCGAGUGA